AUGGGGGUCACCUUCCUCCAGGCCAACCUCAACCACUCCGCUAGGGCGCAGGAUCUCCUCCUGCAAUCCAUGGCGGAGUGGGAUUUGGAUGUCGCGGUGGUCGCGGAGCCGUACGCGGUUCCCUCCCUGCCCCACUGGGCGGGGGAUCUGGAUGGCCUCGUGGCCAUCGUGGCUAGGCCUGGUGCCGCCCCUCCCCUCGCGAUUAAGAAGAGAGGGAACGGCUUUGUGGUGGCGGUUCGGGGAGAGUACGCCAUAAUUGGUGUUUACUUCUCCCCGAACCGGGAUUUGCCGGCCCUGGAGCGGUUCUUGGAUGCCCUGGGGCCGGAAAUAAGGCGGUUAGCGCCCCUAAAGGUCUUCGUGGCCGGUGACUUCAACGCCAAAUCAACGGCGUGGGGGAACCCGGCCACGGAGCCCAAGGGGCGAAAGCGACGGACGGGCGGAUCGGUGGUGGACCUGACGUUCGCCACCCCCUCCGCCGCGCGCUCCGUGUCGGACUGGAGGGUGGAAGGGGGGGUGGAGACACUCUCGGACCACUUGUAUAUUCGGUUCGAGGUGUCGGCCGCCCCCCAAUGUCAGGCGGCAUCAUCGUCCCGGGUGCGCAGCCGGUUCCCGCGCUGGGCCCUUACGCGGCUUGACCGGGAGCUGGCGGAAGAGGCGGCCAUCGUCGGCCGCUGGAGCCUCCCGCCUCUAGACGGAAUGGGGGUGGACGACGCGGCUGACCGUCUCGGCGACGCUUUCACAGCGGUGUGCCGGGCGGCCAUGCCAAGCGUAGGUCGAGCCCCCCCUAGGCGGGCGGUCUAUUGGUGGUCGGCGGAGAUUGCCGCCCUUCGCGUCGCCUGCAACGCGGCCCGAAGGGCCUAUAGCCGAAGCAGGCGGCGCAGUCCCCGGGACGAGGAGAGGGAUGGUCAGCUGUAUGCGGUG